AUGGAUAGUCGAAUAAUUAAUUAAGAUAAAUCAUCAUUAAUUACAAAUGAUUGUUAAGUGAAUGAAGCAUAAAUUAAAUAAUAUAAAAAAGCAAAAUUACUUAGAGUAGGAGCAUAUAAUAAAACUUAUCUUGUUACAUCUGAUGAUUAAGACGAAAUAAAAUAUGUAAUGAAAGUUGUACCUUAAACCAUUUCAGCUAAUACAGAAGCAUAAAUAUUAUAAAAUUUGAGACAUGAUAAUAUUAUCUAAUAUAUUGAAACUUUUAUUGAUAAAAAAGAUAGAUAGAUUAAGUUUAAUUAUGGAAUAUGAAAAUAGUAAUCAAAUUUAAUAGUAAUCUCUUAGAUGGUACUCUAGGUUCGUAUUUUAAAUCAAGAACAUAACCUUUACUUGAAGCAUAAAUUAUUGAUUGGUUUACUCAAUUAUGUUUAGCUUACAAUGUGUACAUUCUUAAAAGAUAAUUCAUAGAGAUAUUAAAUCAGAAAAUAUUUUCCUUCAUGAUGAUAAAAUUAAAUUAGGAGAUUUUGGAAUUGCUAGAUCUAUCGAAUAAGAUUUUGCAAUUACAUUUAUAGACAGUAGUUUUAUAUGAAAUGUGUACAUUUAAAUACCCAUUUAUUGCUGAUUCAUUACCUGCUUUAGCUAAUAUAAUAAUGAAAGCUAAAAUAUAACCAAUAAGUGCUUAGUUAUACUCAUAAAAUAUGAAAAAUUUAAUAUAGUAUUUUUGUAAAUAGAUACAAAUAAGAGACCAAAUAUUCAAUAAAUACUAUGUAUAUAAUAUAAUUUUAUAUUAGAAAAUGCCUUAAUUUAAAAUAGAAUUAAAUAAUUAAAUAUUAAACAAUAAUCAUUAUUAAAAUUCCUGUUUAACCUAUAAGUACAAUUCAUUCUUAAAUUAGAGAAACAAUAACACUAAGUUGUUAUGAAUAAAUUUUCGAAAUAGAAACUACUUUUGAAAAAACAUUAACACAAGAUACAGAAAAUUUAGAAAAAUAAAUAAUAGAAAAUUAAAAAUAUAUUCCUUUAGUAACAUAAUUUGCUCAAAAACCUAUUAUUAAAUUAAGUUUUGAAAGAACAGAAAAAUGA